GAAAAAAAAGUAGGGGACAAUUGAGCAGUGUGACAGUAUUAAAGUUAAAUUCGUACUCUUUUAACACUCCUGCUUUCACCAAACUAACAGCAAUAUUUUCCUGUUGCUUCAAGCAAAAAUCAAAAUAAAAGUAAACUUAACCAAAAGGACAAUCUCUUGGAAAUCAGAACCCCACGCACAUCGCUCACCUCCCCUCCCCCACCUCCACCCCGACACCCUCUCAACUCUCUCUCUCUUACUCAUUUUCCACCACCGCCCGCCGCCGUAGAGUGGCUGCUCUAUAGUUCCAGCGAAAGAUUUUGACGGCUCAAACGAGCUGAAGAGCAUGAGCGAAGACGGGAAAAGAGCCGGUGGAGCUCCGGCGGCGAAGCCUACCUCCGAUGAUCGGAGAAUCUCGUCAGGUUCCGGUCCUUAUCCUCCCGGUAAAAAAGUUACCAUAAAAAGUGCCGAUAUGAAAUCUGAUGUUCAAAAGGAGGCCGUCGACAUUGCUAUUGCUGCAUUUGAGAAGUGUAAUGUAGAGAAGGAUGUAGCUGAACAGAUUAAGAAGGAGUUUGAUAAGAAGUACGGUCCCACUUGGCAUUGCAUUGUUGGGAAAAACUUCGGUUCUUAUGUGACUCAUGAAACAAACCACUUUGUCUACUUCUAUUUGGAUUCAAAAGCUGUACUUCUGUUCAAAUCUGGUUGAACUUGGUGCCGACAUUGAUGGGGAGACAUUGAUGAGAGAGUUUUAACUCAGGAUGAUGAUCAUAUAUUCAGACAUUGUACGUAUUCAAUUGAAAAUUCCAAGCUGCAACGAUUUGGUGGAAAAUUCAGUUGUACCUGUAUAUUUCUGCUUUUACAUUGUGUAAACAAAUUCUAAACUUGAUCGAACUCCUCAAAGUUGUUCGUUGAUGAUGCUUUUGAUAAAUUGAGGCAAAACAGAAA